UUGUUUUCGUCGAGCAGUACGAGUGGAGCUGUGGACAUCUUGGAAAUAGAACCCGAGUGCCUGUGCGUUACCACUACGUUUUGAGCCGCUUUUAUUCGACCCCGGGGAUUUCUGUCACGACAGUGAAGAACCCGAGGGACUAGUGGUGUAUGUGUGAAGUUUUCCAGUUUUUAGUGGAACUUGUUCGCCUUUCGUGAAGAUGGGCAGUCAGUACCAGCGCUCCGUGGCACUUGAGGUGAGGAGAGCAGAGGGCGAGAGAGUUCGGGCCAAGCAUCCCGAUAAGAUACCGAUUAUUGUGGAGAGGGCCCCAAGGUCACGAGCUCCUGAACUGGACAAGAAGAAAUACCUAGUGCCCUCAGAUUUAACAGUGGGCCAGUUGUGCUUCCUCAUCCGUCAGCGUGUGUCUUUGAGACCAGAGGAGGCUCUCUUCUUCUUCGUCAACAACUCCCUUCCCCCAUCCAGCUCCCCACUCUCUGCUGUAUAUGAGGAGCAUCAUGACGAGGACCUGUUUCUCUACAUGACCUACAGUAAUGAGAGUGUGUAUGGUGCCUGAGGGAGGACAAAAGACUAGAGGAUUGACUAGAGGAUAAGGCUUGUUGUAUUGUUUCACACCAUUAUUACGACAUUUAGUUUCGAUAAGUAACUACAGCACACGGUGGAAGAAAGGCAGAGGGAAUUAGCUGGUGGAGUUUAAGUCAGUGUUUCGGGGGUUGAGCAUAAUGCAUUUUAUUACACUUCAAGCUAUGUUGAUUCCUUUUGUGGUGAAAGGAAGGUGGAGAAGAACAACAAUCUCAUAUAGAAGGAAGUAUUUGAAAUUAUUUUGAGAGAUCUCUCAUUAUCUUUCUCAGUCAUAUGUAUUUAAUGCAAAUAGUAUUUUUUUCUUUUCUUUUGUAAAUUAAUAUGACAUUUUUGUGGAAAAUAAAGAUGAAUGGGAAAAAAUUCUGA